AUACCUCAUGUCAUUUGAUAAAAACCUUAUAUACUCUUUGAUAAAAACAUAAUUUACUCGUAAGCACUAAAUUCUUGUUUAUUUAUUACGGAAACCUAGUGCAAGUUGGACGUGUUCUGGAAAUUGAUCGUGCGAAUAUCGUAUUUUUUUUUGUUUAUUGUAUCUGUGAUUUACGUUUACGAUAUAAAUAUCUGUAUUAUUAAAAGUUUGGUUAUUGUGUGUAUAGAGAAGCACAGUUCAGUGUUAUUUCGUUUUUAAGUUGUAUGCGUAAAUAAUAAUGAACUUAUCGUUCGCUGGUUGUGGAUUUCUUGGUAUUUACCAUGUUGGUGUUGCUGUAUGUCUUAAAAAGUAUGCACCGCACUUGCUCCUAGGAAAAAUUUCGGGAGCCUCCUUUGGAGCGCUCUCGGCCUGUUGUUUGCUAUGUGACCUCCCUUUAGGUCAACUCACAAGUGACGUGCUAAGGGUUGUGAGGGAAGCGAGAGCAGGGUCCCUUGGUCCAUUUAGUCCCUCCUUUAGUAUACAAAAUGUCUUACUGGAGAGAAUGCAAGCAUUCAUACCACUUGAUGCCCACAAGAUUGUCAGUGGCAAACUCCACAUUUCUUUAACCAGGGUUUAUGAUGGCCAGAAUGUGAUUGUAUCUGAAUUUCCUACUAGAGAAGACUUAUUACAAGCGUUACUCGCGUCAUGUUUCGUCCCAGUGUUUUCCGGGAUGUUGCCGCCUCGUUUCCACGGUAUAAGAUACAUGGAUGGAGGGUUUAGUGAUAAUUUACCUGUUUUGGACGAAAAUACGAUUACAGUCAGCCCCUUCUGCGGAGAGAGCGAUAUCUGCCCCAGAGACUUAAGUUCACAGCUAUUUCACGUAAACGUAGCAAAUACCAGUAUCGAACUUUCGAAGCAGAAUAUAAAUCGUUUCGCUAGGAUCCUCUUUCCUCCGAAACCGGAAGUUCUCAGCAACAUGUGCAAGCAGGGAUUUGACGAUGCUCUACGUUUCCUGCACAGGAACAAUAUGAUCACAUGUACAAGAUGCCUAGCAGUUCAAUCAACGUACCAGUUGCAAGAUGUCCUAGAUGACACCCCUUACGAAUACGACCCGGAAUGUGAAGAGUGCAAGGCGCACAGACAGGAUGCUCUCGUGGACGAUCUCCCAGACACAGUGAUGACAAUAUUCCAAAACGCUAUCGACAGCGCUAACAACGGAAUCGUCAAUUGGGUGAUGAGACAAAGGGGCAUGCAGUACGUUUCAUUGCUAACGUUGCCAUAUCGAGUGCCCGUCGAUAUUAUGUACGCUUCAAUUACCAAAUUCGUCACAUGCACUCCAAAGAUGAGCAAGUCCCUCUGGCGUCUCAGCUGGCAACUCCUUCGUCAGCUCCACGGCUUCCUGUACUCAGCACACGACCGUUCUGAAGCAGCUCGUGUCUUCUACAAGCUGAAUAUGGAACACAAAGAUGAAUAUCAUCCUUUGGAUCGAAGGCGUGCCAAUGACCUGCGCCUAACAUACGGCGAACCACAGACCGAAAGCGACACUUUCGAACAUAUCCUGAACGUCACAACUCACAACGACGCUCUUCUUGCGUACUACUACCUCGACAGCGAUAACAAGAUGAAAAUGACGGAAAUAUAUGACGUGACUGACGCCGACACAGACAUAGUCCAGUCACCGGCAGAGCGCGAUCUCAACAAACAACUGGAGUUCGACAACGAUUGGUCUGGCGAGCUGAUGGCUGAGGACGAUGAAUUAGACUUAGAAGGCGUCGAUGACGAUCUAGACGACCGCAACAUAUUCUCAGAUCCAGAGAGCGAAUGGACGAGACGACUCUCGUCAAACGAUUCGUUCAGCGAAGGCGAUCAGCCCGAGGCCGACCGACAACUCUUAGAACACAUAGACUGCGAGCGUCUAGCGAAGACAGUCAACAAGCGUGCCGUUAUCUUGACAAAGUUCAUGCUAAGCAAUCUCGUGGAGGCGAUCUCGCAACUACUGUCGAAUACAACACUACUGACGUCUUUGGCCCUAGAGGGACUACCGCUAAAGAUACCCUAUUUGAACCCUAUUUGUGAGGCUUUACUUGUUAAUAGUUCACUUCAAUAUCUAUAUCUGCCAAGAUGUUUGAUCGGCGACGCCGGCUGUUUAGCGAUAUGCAAAGCUGUUAGAUGUCUGCCUAAUAUACUAACGAUGGACCUCAGUGGCUGCGAGUUGACACCACUGGGCGCUGGAUAUAUAGCUGAUUUAAUUAAGUAUCAAAAGAUCCACCGCUACAGUGAAAACUGGGUGCAUACGCUUCGUUACCGUCUCCCCGAACUUGACACAAUGGCUGGAUUGAGAAGAAUUUCAUUAUGCGGUAACCCACAGUUGGGCGAUGUGGGCGUCGGUAAAAUACUAAGUGAACUUGCGGACGAUUUAUGGAUAAAAGCACUUGAUGUUCAAAACUGUGGGUUGACCGAGGAGUGUGCGUCAACCGUACUGCAGAUGAUGCGGUCGAACACGACGCUCGUGGUGCUCGACAUGCGACACAACCCGUCUUUAUCGAACGAAUCUCUAUCGAAGAUACGAUCAGCUUUGAGGCAAAACGAAAGAGACGCCAGUGGACAGUAUUCUUGGUUGGGCAAUGGUAGCGGUUACUCCAGUGAUGGCAGAUCAGUAAAAUCUGUGCCUUCUAAGAAUGGCAUUGUUAAGGAGCGGGUAGCACCAAAUGUUAGAAAUGCGCCAAAUAAAUAUAACGCUAAGACCAAUGGAGUUCAAAAAGAAAAGGAUUACGCCGAGGCUUUGGAGGAACAAUUACAAGAAGAAACGUCACACCGUCGACAGCUGGAAGAGCUGAACGAGCGUCUCGUCCAGCAGAUGAGACAACUCAAACAGCAGCAGAUACAGAUGUGGCAGAACAACGCCACUUCAUCAGGUUCCGAGCAAUCAUUCCAAGCCAGUUCACGUUCGGGUGAUCUCUCGAGCAGUUCAGGUUCCACGAGUUCUGUUCCCAUCGACCAACACACGUUAUCUUACAUACAGCAAGCCUUUAGAGACAUUUAUGCGUUUAUCAAAAACAAUCAGUGCAAUGGGCAAUGCUUAGUUGAAAGAACAGAAGAGAAAAAAAUAGCAAGAGAAGAAGAAGAACUAGAGUCAGAAGAAGCGGUAGAAGUAAAAGAAACAGAAGAAGAUCCAAGUGGACUUCGCGUAAAAAUCGUUCCGAAAAAAGCACAAAGCACACAUCUUAAACUAGUUGAUAACACAAAGAUGAAAAAGAUGACAAAAUCUGCGCAUUUAUUGAGAGACAUGCAGUACAAUGGAAGAGAUGAUUCACCUUCAGACAUAAUCGAGAGAAUAAUGGGAGACUCGAAGAAUGCGCACGGCGAUGAACUUACAGUGACGGAAGAAGUUUCUCUAGCGAAAAAGGAAACUAAGAAAGUAUGUUUCACUAUGACUAAACGCAGCAGUCCGUGCAGCAGCGUGGUGAGCGACUCGUCGGACACGCUCGUGUGCUCGCCGCGCGCGCCGCACCCGCAACACGCGCUCUACUCCUCAGAUGAGGACGAUGACUGAACUUUUAUACGAUUUUAUUUAUAUUUUGUGUAAAGAUUAAAUAUUUUAUUCUACAGAU